CCCAAACAACAAAACUGUAAUAUUUGACAACUCACCAUAUUCCAAAAACAACCAUUGAGACAUGAUGGAUCGCCUCUCUCUGCCCACCGGCUCAACAGCCGUCGACGUCGGCAUCAUCGACAGCACCGCCCGCCUCACCAUCCCUGCAUCGCACCUCCUCUCCCCCGCCACCGACCUCGACGGAGUAACAUUAACGGCGCCAUCGUACUCAUUCUUCAUCGCGCACCCGUCGGGUCGCAAAAUCCUCUUUGAUCUGGGGCUGCGCAAGGACUGGUGGAAUCUCACGCCCGCCACGAAUGGUUUUCUCAAGAGUGCCGGCUGGAAGCUCGAGGUGACGAAAAACGUCAGCGACAUCCUGCAAGAGAAUGGUGAGGCUCUUGAUGAGGUCGAGGCUGUUGUCUGGAGUCAUCAUCACUUCGACCAUGUUGGGGAUAUGAGUGCUUUUCCAGAGACGACGAAGAUAAUUGUCGGGCCGGGUUUCAAGAGGCAUUACACACCCGCCUAUCCAAGUAAUAAAACCUCGACCCUCUUUGAAUCCGACUGGGAAAGUCACAGCCUGCACGAGCUCUCAUUCGAUGAAUCCGAAACAGAACCGCUGCGACAGAUCGGUCCAUUCGCCGCAAUCGACUAUUUUGGCGACGGCAGUUUCUACAUACUCGAUGCACCGGGACAUACUUUUGGGCACGUCGCCGCCCUCGCCCGCGUGGCUGCUGACAGACAUGAUCCUGGGAAAAGCAGCUUUGUGUUUAUGGGCGGCGAUACGUGUCAUUUCGCAGGGCAAUUUCGGCCGACGGUGGAGCGGCCUCUCCCUGUGGGUGGGAUUGCAGCUGGUGAAGGCGCGGAAUAUACUUCCGAGGCGUCCCAGAUCCAGCCCAAUCUUCAGCACCAGGCCAAGCACCAGGCACAGGCCCAGGCCCAGGCUUCCACCGCUGCCUGUCCCGGGUCCAUAAUGGAGAGACUAUUGGCUAACCCAACAAUGCCACUCUUCGAAAUGCCGGCGACAAACACGGUAGAUGUAGCCGAGGCGCACGCGUCGAUAUCCAAGAUGCAAGCCUUUGACGCAGCCGAAAAUAUCUGGGUCGUCAUCGCGCAUGACCAGGCCCUCCUCGACCUCGUCGACUUUUAUCCCGCGAGCGUGAAUGAUUGGCAGAGAAAAGGCUAUGCCCAGAAGACGCGGUGGAGGUUUUGGAACACGUUGGCACGGAAAAAGUCUGAGACGAAGCUUGCGUGAUGGUGCAGGAUCUUGUAUCUCUUGGGUACCGGCCCGAUCGGAGAUUUGGUUCGCUGGAUGCUUGUGGGUGUCUCGUAUCGAUCUGUUUGUGGAGGCUGUGACCCAGCAAGGAGGAUUAACUUGUUCAGAAUCAGAGCUUAUUUCAGCUCGUCUGCUCGUCGCUGCGUGCUAAGCCUACUAGCUGGAGGGCUAUUUGAGGUUUAUCGAUUCGGUGGACCUGAUUGGUUGCGAUUAUACGAACGCCACGGCCAAAUUCAAACUCCGAGUCGCAUCCCAGAUAGAACAAAAUCAAAAGAAAACAUUACAUGCUGUAUCCCUGACACCUGCAACCUGCUGCUUACCUACCUCUCCGCCUCAGAAUCCGGAAUAUCCUCCAGCCCCAAGCCACGAUUCUCCCUCCUCACACCACUGGCACCCCCAAUCACACUGCUAUCUUCCCCAAUCCUCGUCCCAGCAGAACUAAUACUCGCCUCCGAAACCCCCGAAACGUACCUUGGCCGCCCACCCCCACUCACACUCCCAUCCGCCUCAACCAGCUGCGUCGAAUACGACUGCAUGCUCGAGAGACUGGAGACGUUGCGCGUAUGGCCUGGCCGUGUUGCAGUCGCGGAUGCUGGGACGUCGGCUUCCUUUUCCUGCGGGAAUUCGGGGGAGACGGGCGAUAUGUAUCCCAUGGCCCCGGGGGUUGUUGCUGGGCUGGUUGUUGCCGCGGGGCUUGAUGCUGAUGCCGGGGAUGGCGCGAGGGGGUGCUCGUUGUAGGAUGUUGGGAGUUCGACGGCAUAGCCUCUGCUCGUCCCUACAGAACCAUUUCCAUUAGUAUCACGCACAGCGCAGUAUAAGGCAAGAGAAACUGGGUGGGUGAUGCCGUACCCUGCAUCUCAUACACAGGCUCACUCCCCGCCUCAGCCGUCGCCGUCGUCCCCGACACGGCCCCGAUGCCCGUCGUAACACUCGGCGCAACCGUCUCGUCAUUGGUAAACCCACCAGAGACCGUCGUCGUCUCCUCCCCAUCGUUCGCAUCCUUGGGCGGCGAAAACGCACCAGCAUGCACCCACUGCAUCACCCGUGAUCCACGGGAUGCUUCACUAUGUCGUCGCCCCCCAGCGCGGAGCUUUCUGCGGCGCCGCAGGAACCAAAAGGCGAAUGCGCCGACGAGGACGAGGACGCCGGCGACGACGCCGAUGACGGCGCCGGCCCAGGAGGGGAAGCUUGAUCCGCCGGAGUCCGGGGUUGGGACCGUGGUUGUUGUUAUGUUUGUGGCGUUGUAGGGGUACCAGGUUGAGAUUGGGGACGUGUAUGUGCGGGAGAAGACGGCUUCGAGGGAGGAGUUUGUCCAUGAGGAGGGGGAUGUCCUGUAGACAGAAUCAGUAUGGUCAAGACAUAAACAGGGUAGAGUUUAGUCUUGUUUGGAUGGAUCACUCACUCUCCACGGAUCCUCGAGGCAACCAACUCCGGCACCACAUACUCCUGCCAAACCUCGGGAUCAUAGCUAUCCUGAAACCGCCCCGUAUUCAAAUUAAACACCCUCACCAUCCCAUCAACACAAAC